AUGUCCGAGUUGGAGCCUAUUUUGUAUUUUAUUUGUUCGGAUGAUGGUGACGGUUUAAUUUUAGAACUCAAUGAUAAUUAUUUUUUAAUUAUUGAUGGUGGGUCUGUACAAACUCCGUAUUAUCAAAAUUUGAGAGUAGCGAUUCUCAAGCGUCGUAUAACGGCAUUCAAAGGGAUUAUUAUAACAAGCGUACAUAAAAAUCAUCUUGAUGGUGUCACGAAACUUUUUAACGAAUUCUUUCCACUGAAGAGUGAUAGCGGCAAAAAAUUCCAAAAUCUUGAUUAUGUCAUCCUUACCGAGGAAUUUAGAGAUAUGCCAAUUGUUGAAAUUAUUAAACGAUACGAAUUUGAGGAAAUUCAUAGAUUAGACGAUAUCCAAAUUGUCAACAAUACUUAUAUAAAAUGUUUUUUCCAAGAAAAAGGAAGUCCUUUAAUUUUUCAGCGUAUAAAAAAAGAUGAAAAAAAAGAAAACUUGAAUAUUGUCAGUUAUAUGCAAAAUAUUCCU